AUGUCUAAUGGCCUCAAUGAUGAUGUUAAGGAGCACAUCAGGCUUGCCGCGAACAAGUGGUGGAAGCAAAUGUUUGCAGAGAAUGACAUCUACCUUACUGGCCUCGUCAUCGACUCACACUACCGUGGUAUCGACCUGGGGAUCAAAGAUCUUAACCUGCUGGUUGUAGGAAAGAUCAAGAUUGGAGGAAGCAGCGAGUUGGCAAAGUCAACCCUGCCAGAGCUGGUGCAUACAGCAGCCAACUACCUACUGAACAUAAUGCAGAAGGAAUAUGCUUGGAGGCAGAAGAUUGCUGGUCCUGAAGCAUGCAAAGCCAUUGGCCAGCUCAAGGAACAAGUCCCACAGUUUGUGAAGGGGGCUUAUUCCUUCAAUCAGAAGGUACUGCUCAAGGAUGGCUCUCAGCAAUGGUGGGAUCAGCUCAAUGCUGAUAAGACGUUGCUGAAUGACACACAGCCACUCGCACAACUGAAGAGCACUCUUUUCUUGAUGGUCCCUAACUCUAUGGCCAAUGAACGAACAGGAUCAACAUUCACAUGGCUCAAUGGUCACUUGCGAAACUGUUUGAAGGUUCCCACAUUGGUGUGCAUGAUGCAGGUGCGCCAGUGGAUUCAGUAUGAGCCUGCAGUGAGCCUACAUCUAGCACUACUGGGUACAAUGAAUGACACAUAUUACAACCAGGGUUCUCUGCCAGUUUCUCACCCAACAGUCAAGUUUCAAGGCAUGAAAACAUUGCUCACAGCACCACAAACUAGCCAGAAGCGGAAGAAUCCUCCCAGUAAUGAUGACACAGUGUCCACGGACAGCAGUGAGAGCUCAGAUGAAGACAAAUCAUCUGAUGAGGACAGCAAAGAUAGUGUUGUGUCAGAUAAAGAGGAGCUCGCAGAGGAAGAUGACAUGACACUGCCUGGUGAGUGGGUCGCCGCGUCGUUUGCAGACCUGAAAUUGCCAGCACUUUGCGAUAUGCUGUCACCAAUGUCCUGCAUGCCUGCUGCCCCUUGUACUCAGCCUAAGGCUUCACACAUGCAGAGGACCCCAUCUGCUAUUGUAGUAGCUGAUUCUGACUGGCAAAUGUAG